GUGAAGAUUCAAGUGUAUAAUACCAUGAAGGGUAUUUCUGUAAAUAUCACUGCUAUCUGUCCGGAUGGGAGUAGACAUUCUGGAGUGGAGGGAUGUCACAAUGUAAAAAAUAAUGAUAAGGUUCUAUUUAAUGUAACAAUUACUAUGGAAAAAAUUGUGAUGUAGAAGGAGGACACAACUACAUCAUCCUUAAACCCACUGGUUUCAAUGAAACCGUAAAAAUAAAGAUACACAGGACUUGUACAUGCCAGUGUAAUAGCCCUUUGAGGCAGAAGGAGCAGAAGUGUAUAACUGAGGUCCAUCCGGACUGCCCUGGAGCUCCUUGCAGUGAUGGUAAUUGUAGCUCUGGAGAAUAUGUACAUCUAUCAGGAACAUGUAAGCACUCCCUCACUGAACCCGAGUGCAGUGGUCGGGGAAUAUGUCUAUGUGGAAAAUGCUACUGUCAUAAAACCAAACUGGGAAAAAUAUAUGGGAAAUACUGUGAAAUGGAUGACUUUUCUUGUCCAUACAACCAAGGAAAACUGUGUUCUGGUAAUGGGGACUGUGAAAACGGCAGUUGCAAAUGCAUUAAUGGCUGGGAAGGUGACCGAUGUCAAUGCUCCUCAUCAAAGAAACACUGUAUGGACGCAAAUGGACUUUUAUGCAGUGGAAGGGGGACUUGCAUAUGUGGAAAAUGCGAAUGCACUGAUGACAGGAGCUUUGGGCCUUUGUGUCAAUACUGCUCUGAAUGUAGCAAUACCUGUACAAAACAACUGGUAU